CAGGGCAGCGUCCGGCCGGCCUGGGCCUCCCUUCCCCCCUCCUAGUGUGUCAGUGGAACGUCCGGCGGCGUCCGACGGCGGGGAUGGAGGGCGGCGCGGGCCGUGCCGGCAGCAGCGCCGACAGCCUGCCCGAGGAGGACGAGGAUGACGAAGGUCCCGGUGGCGGCAAUGGGCGGCGCGGCCGCGCCUCGUCGUUGGUGAGCGGGCUGCUCAUCGAGCUGUACAGCGCCGCCGAGCCGGGCAGCGCCCGCUCCCGCGCCCUCCGCGAACUGCGGCGGCGGCCGAGCCCGCUGCGGUACCUGCGGCUCAAAGAUGUUGGUGAAUUAACAACUAUAAAACGAGAACUGAAUUACCGAAUUUCUGUUCAAUCAGCAAAGUUGCUUCGUCUUCUGAAGCAGAAAGACAGGCUUGUACAUAAAGUCCAGAAGAACUGCGAUAUUGUCACGGCUUGUUUACAGGCGGUUUCCCAGAAACGGCGGGUUGAUACAAAAUUGAAAUUCACUCUCGAACCCUCUCUAGGUCAAAAUGGUUUUCAGCAGUGGCAUGAUGCGCUCAAAGCAGUGGCUAGAUUGCCGACAGGCAUACCGAAAGAAUGGCGGAGAAAGGUUUGGCUGACCCUAGCAGAUCAAUACUUACACAGUAUAGCUAUUGACUGGGAUAAAACCAUGCGUUUCACAUUCAAUGAAAGAAGUAAUCCUGAUGAUGACUCUAUGGGUAUCCAGAUAGUAAAGGACCUUCACCGAACUGGUUGCAGCUCUUACUGUGGCCAGGAGGCAGAGCAAGAUCGAGUGGUGUUAAAACGCGUAUUGCUGGCUUAUGCCAGGUGGAAUAAAUCUGUUGGCUAUUGUCAAGGAUUUAACAUACUAGCUGCACUUAUUUUGGAAGUAAUGGAAGGCAAUGAAGGGGAUGCCCUGAAAAUCAUGAUUUACCUAAUUGAUAAGGUGCUUCCUGAUAGCUAUUUUGUGAAUAAUCUCCGUGCGCUCUCAGUGGAUAUGGCUGUUUUCCGAGAUCUUUUAAGAAUGAAACUACCUGAACUGUCCCAGCACUUAGACACCCUGCAAAGAGCUGCUAACAGAGAAAGUGGAGGAGGCUAUGAACCCCCGCUUACAAAUGUCUUCACAAUGCAGUGGUUUCUGACCCUCUUUGCCACUUGUCUGCCUAACCAUACAGUUCUGAAGAUCUGGGAUUCAGUUUUCUUCGAAGGUUCUGAAAUUAUCCUGAGAGUAGCUUUGGCUAUUUGGGCAAAGUUAGGAGAGCAAAUAGAAUGUUGUGAAACAGCAGAUGAGUUUUACAGUACCAUGGGCAAGCUGACUCAGGAGAUGCUGGAAGACAAUCUGAUUGACAGCAAUGAACUCAUGCAGACUGUUUAUACCAUGGCUCAAUUUCCCUUCCCCCAACUGGCAGAAUUAAGGGAGAAAUACACAUACAACAUUACUCCUUUCCCCGCGGCAGUAAAAUCAACUUCAUUUUCAGGAAGGCUGGGCAGAACCAGAGACAGUGAUGAGGAGAAUGACCAAGACGAUGAUGACUCAAUUGCCAAUGCAAUUGGCUGUCUUGGACCAUUAAGUGGGUUUUUGGUGCCUGAGCUCCAAAAAUACCAAAAACAGAUGAAAGAUCAGAAUGAAGAACAAAGUCUGGGUUCCAGUAACAUUGCAGAAUUAAGUCCAGGAGCAAUAGACUCUUGCCGAAGCGAGUAUCAUGCUGCUUUUAACAGCAUGAUGAUGGAGCGUAUGACUACUGAUAUUAAUGCACUGAAAAAGCAAUAUUCCAGGAUAAAGAAAAAGCAGCAACAGCAGGUUCACCAUGUAUAUAUCAGAGCAGGAUCAGAAGAUGAUGACCCUGGGAUUUUUUUAGGUCCCAGGGACCAGCUGAACAAUGACAAAGGGCCAGUUACCAGCCUCCUCCCUUCUCAGGUAAACCAUUCCCCGGUGAUAAACCACCUCCUUUUAGGAAAGAAGAUGAAAUUGAAUAACAGGUCUCUCAAAAAUGCUGUUAUUCACAUCCCAAGUCAUGCUGCAGGGAAGAUGUCUCCCAUUCCCCAAGAAGAUCUUAAAACAAAACUGAAUUCCCCGUGGCGUACUCACAUACGAGUUCAUCGAAAGAAUAUUGCUAGGGCCAAAGGCCAGCUGGGCUACGGGGAUACCAUAGGACUGAUAGAUGAGCAGAGUGAGAACUGUAAAAUAAAUAGCCCUGGGGCAAAGGAGGAGACUUCCAAACAUUCUGACUUUGAAGAAAGAGAAGGAGGUGGUUUGGAUGACAGGACUACUCGAAAAGCUGAGCAGCAGUCGUCUGAGGCAGGCUCUGUGGACAGCAGUACAGACAUGUCAGUGGUACAGCUCAAACUGGAAGCACUGGAACUCACCUCAGAUAGCAAAAACGACGUUGAGUCAACAUCCCAUCAGUCCAGCCAGCCACGUUUAUCAGAGUCCUCCCGUUCAUCCAGUGACAGUGGAAACCUGGCUAAAUCUCCCCAGCCUGGGAACACAAAGCCACAUGUCUUCAAUCCUUUUCCCAGUGUCAAGCCUCUUCGGAAGUCAGCUACAGCCAGGAAUUUAGGGCUGUAUGGCCCUACUGAAAGAACGCCAACUGUACACUUCCCACAAAUGAGCAGAAGUUUCAAUAAGUCUGCCAGUGGCAACAGUGGGACCAGGAAACGAUGAUGUACUACCUGGUACUUUCAGUUCCUGACAGCAACAAAAAACUUUCAUUCCCUUUUUUUUUUUUUCCCCCACUAAUGUGUGUGUGUGUGUGUGUGUGUGUGUGCGCGUGUCCCAAAAAGUUCCUGAUUGUUAAGUAAUGGGGAGAAAAGUGGUUACCAGAUGUAUAAAUACGUCUUUGAAAAUUGUGCCUCCGUGUUGUUAUGGGAUAGAUUAGUGGAGAUGCACUCAGGCGCCCUGUUCUCGAUUCUGAUGAUUCUGUGGUAAAAUAAACUCUGGUUUGCAGUGUGAAGCCUACCUUUUCUUUAAAACUAACCCAGACAUAAAAUCACUGGCUGCCUUUAACCCUUCAGCCCCGUAUCGCUGCCUCCUGUCUCUUUCAAAGCUCGAAGGACUUUGUUACAGCAGACACCUAUAACAGUUUUAUGGCUGCUAGGCAGCUUUCCCAUUAGGCCUCAUCACCACACUCUGUGAGUAGCUGGAGAAACCAUGAUUAACAGAAGCACAAGCAACCCUAGCAAACAAAAGUAUCACUUUGUGUCCGACAUUACCACUUACCUAUUGGACCAUCUGGAUUCAAACAUUCUUGAGCAGCAUUUUGUGCUUCUCUUCCCACAUCAGUCCUCAGCUGAUGUUGUUUUUAAUAUAAAUGUAAUCAGCAUGAGAAUAGCAGACAUAAGUCCCAACCACAACACUGGUUUGCUCCCUUCUGUUACAGGUGUGCAUACAUUUCUGUUACUGCUGGAGAGUUGCAGAACUGCAAAAUUAGGAAUUAGGUACAACUCUAUGUGUAGUUGUACAAAUAUUAUGGCACAUCUUGCCUUUGGUGCAUUUAAAAGCUAUUAUAUCCAUUAUGGACUUGUAAUUAAAUCAUAUUGGCCAGCUUAGCAGUGGGUAAAAUAUAUGAAUGUUCCAAAGUACCAUAACCCUGAACCCCUAACACUAGCCCUAAACCUACCUGUAACACCUAACCUUAACCCUAACCCCUAAUCCUACGCCUAACUCUAACCCAUUACCCUAAACCUAACCCAUAACACUAAUAUUGUCACUAACCGUAACCU